UGUGCAGAAGCGAUUCGCGCGAUUUUAUUUAAAAACACCUGAAAUGGAGGUGCCUUUGGCCGAUCGGACUCAAACGUAUGGCGAAAUUCGAACUUGGUGGAUUACCCGUGGCAGUUUAUUCGAAGAAUAAAAAUUAAUGGAAACCAACGGAACUGAUAGUGUAUUUCUUUACGAUAAGUGCUGGCAUUUUUUGAGAAAUACUGCUAGAUUUGCAUGAAAAUAAUCUGAACCUGUCAUUUCCGUUUAACGUGUAUCACCAGUCUGCGUUCGAUAAGUACAAUCUGCGGUGCACAAGUCACUUUCAUAUUGGAUCAUGGCAGCCCAAAGUAAACUCGCUGAGGUGGCCUUUAAUUGUAGCUGCCAGGAGUACAUCCAUCCUUGGACUUCGAGCUGCGCAUGCGCAACAGCUGGGAUGCUAUUAUCCUUGAUUCCUGGUACUUUUCGAACCUAUAGCAUGGUCUACUUGUUGGCUCUUUGUAUGCGUAUGCGUAUUCCUUCGCUCAAAGACCUCAAACACACUGCAUCCAGCAUUCUACAGUCAACGGCUUUCCUUUCCCUGAAUGGCAGCCUCUUUAUCCUCGCCAUUUGCUUGGUGCGACAGUACCUGGGUGGUUUCUACUUCAGUACAGCGGCCUGGCUGCCAGCACUCUUGGUGAGCUCCAUUUGCUUAGCAGUCGAGCGUCCGGAGCGACGAGCUCCACUGGCCCUGUACGUGUCCAAUGUUGGCAUCGAAACCCUUUGGAAGAUGCUGGAGUCGCGAGGUCUGGUGCGUUCCAUUCCCAAUGGACAGGUACUCAUCAUGGGCGUCAGUGUCACCGCAUUGAUGUAUCUUUAUCGUGCGGGACUUCACAAAACGGUGGUCAAGGAUGCGACCUUUAAAGGUCUGAGUGUAAUCAUGGGCAAGGAUGAGGAGGGUCCACUAAAGACUCCGAUUGGGAACACCUCGCAGAGAACCUUUCCAAGCGGAUUGAACUUCCGCUGUAUCAUGUCGUACCUACAAAUUUAUGACUACCUGUUCACACUCAAUCAUCCUAGCUGUCCACACAAACAAGGUUGUGCUCAAUAUGCCCUUCUUGGUGGCCUGAAACCUUUCCUAGGGGGUGUGGGUCUGUCUGUGGGUCUCAAGCUACUGCUCAACAUUACCAAGAUAUUCCAGUUCAAGAUGCAGUGGCGCAAACAGAUCUUUAACAAGGGAUCCCUAAAAUUGGGUCUCGCCCUAGGCAUCUUCUCACUGCUUUUCAAGACAACUUCCUGUGGACUGCGCCACUCUUCUGGAUUUGACAACGCUCUCUUCGCCAUUCCAGCUGGAUUGAUCGGAUCGAUUGGCCUGCUGCACUUCCCCAACACCACUGUUUCCUUAUACCUGAUGUUAAAAUCCCUACAACUCCUUUACAACUGGGGCGUCUCCGAGGGAAAGGUUCCUGAGGUGCCAAACUUCUCCAUGAUGAUGUACGGAUUUUUCACGGCCGUGCUCUGUCACUCAACCGUUCUGGAGGCACAAUCCAUGCGACCUAGCUACUUCAAGUUCAUCCAGAACAUUUCCGGAGGUCGUCUCAGCCGAUUCAAUCUGAAACCCUUCGAGGCUUUUGGAGUGAAAAGUCAAGAUCAGGCCAACUACGUGAUCAAGAAGCUGGGCAUUACUAUGACUUCUCCUAAUCCUCUGUUUGCCCUAACUGUUUAGAAUUUGUUGCCUGUAGUCGCAGCUCAAACGGAGAAAACCUUUAUAUAAUAUAAGACUUAACUUUAUUUCCUAGCUGUAUUAAUUGCAAUUAUAUGUCUAAUUCAAUAAACUAUUUUAAAGGAGUUUAUACA